AUGGAGCCGAGUACCUGUAAAACCAGUGAAUCUGAGGAAGAGUAUGCUGAGGAAGAGGAGUCUGAGGAGGAAUGUGUUAAAAGGGAAGAUAACAUCCCUUUUAAUCCUUCUCAAGAGGCACUCUCAAAGGCUGACUAUAAGGCAUUUGGGAAUGGGGUUCCCUUAUCCAUCAUAGCCAAGAAAAUUCCAAAGAAACUCAUAGCCCCAAUGGACCCAGAGGACUUAGAAGUUGGGAGAAGAAAGAGAAAGCGGAAACGCAGACCUCUAUCCAUCAACCUGACCAACUGCAAGUAUGAGAGUGUGCGACGGGCAGCCCAAAUGUGUGGCCUGAAGGAAGUGGGGGAGGACGAGGAGUGGACUGUAUACUGGACGGACUGCUCUGUCUCACUGGAACGAGUCAUGGACAUGAAGAGGUUUCAGAAAAUCAACCACUUUCCUGGCAUGACAGAAAUCUGCCGCAAAGAUCUGCUGGCUCGGAACCUCAACCGCAUGCAGAAACUCUACCCGACUGAGUACAACAUCUUCCCUCGAACGUGGUGCCUCCCUGCAGACUACGGGGACUUCCAGUCUUAUGGUCGUCAACGGAAAACCCGCACUUACAUCUGCAAGCCGGACAGUGGCUGUCAGGGCCGGGGCAUCUUUAUUACUCGAAAUCCGCGGGAGAUCAAACCAGGAGAGCAUAUGAUCUGUCAGCAGUACAUCUCCAAGCCGUUCCUCAUUGAUGGCUUCAAGUUUGACAUGCGAAUCUACGUCCUGAUCACGUCCUGUGACCCUCUUCGGAUCUUCAUGUAUGAAGAGGGCCUGGUCCGCUUUGCCACCAUGCCCUAUGUGGAGCCCAACAUGAACAACCUGGAUGACAUGUGCAUGCACCUGACCAACUAUGCCAUCAACAAACACAAUGAGAAUUUUGUCCGGGACGAUGCCGUGGGCAGUAAGAGGAAACUGUCAACGCUCAAUGCCUGGCUGCGGGAACAUAGCUACGACCCCCGGGAGCUGUGGGGAGACAUUGAAGACAUCAUCAUCAAGACCAUCAUCUCGGCCCAUUCUAUUCUUCGUCACAACUACCGAACCUGUUUUCCCCAGUAUCUUAGUGGAGGUACAUGUGCCUGUUUUGAGAUCCUUGGUUUUGACAUCUUGCUGGACCACAAACUGAAGCCCUGGCUGCUGGAGGUAAACCACUCUCCAAGUUUCACCACGGACUCACGUCUUGAUCGGGAAGUGAAGGAUGCACUUCUUUGUGAUGCCAUGACCCUUGUCAACCUUCGAGGCUGUGACAAAAGGAAGGUGCUGGAGGAGGACAAGCGACGAGUCAAGGAACGGCUUUUCCAGUACCACCAACAGCCACGAGAAGCCAGGCGAGAACAAAUUCAGUCAUCACGGGCGGCACUACUGGACCAGGAGCGGUAUGAGGAUUCCCACCUCGGGGGAUACCGGCGGAUCUACCCUGGAUCCGAUACAGAGAAAUACGCACCCUUCUUCAAGCACAAUGGCUCCCUCUUCCAGGAGACUGCUGCUUCCAAGGCUAGAGAGGAGUGUGCCAGGCAGCAACUGGAAGAAAUCCGCCUCAAGCAAGAACAGCAGGAGACCUCAAACAACAAGAAGAGAAAGGAAAACAAAGACCAGAACCAGGGGGAAUCAGCAGGGGAGAAGAGCCGACCCAGGGCGGGGCCUGGAGGCCUUUCCACCCACUUGGCUUACAGAAACCGGAUUCAGGAAAAAGAGCUGCUACAAGGAACAGUCCACCUGGACACCAUGCAGCCUCAAGAAAUUGUGGAAGAGGAGGAGCUAGAGCGUAUGAAGUGCCUGCUACAAAGGGAGAAUCUCAUUCGAAGCCUGGGUAUUGUAGAGCAGCUUAACCGCAUGCUGCAUCCCAGCCACAGGGGCCAGAAAAAGCUUCAUGAGUACCGGGACGGGCUGGGCAGUCAAGAAUUGCAAUCUGUGAGCCUGGUCCCAUUGGUGCUCUUGAAACAAGCCGCCACAGAGCAGGGCCUUCCUCGUUUCCUGCAUCCAGUUCGGCCCCAUGAAUUGAUCCCCAGGAUCUUAGGGCCACUGCCAAGCAUGGAUACUGCAAUUCCACAUCAUUCCCGGUGCCAUCUGCAACCUAAGAACUUCAACUGGAUAGGUGAUGUAGCAGCCAAGGGGCCCUGCUCACCAUCAAUGAAACGUGGAAGGCGCUGUUUUUCCAGGGCCAGAAUCGGGCUCACUAGCCAAGGACAAGCCAGCAGAAGACUAGAAGCCAUAAACCGUGCCCUGACAGGAUCAGUGCCGCCCAAUUUAACCCCAAAGCAGGGCUAUCUUCUGCACCCGGAAAGAGUGGCAAGGGACUCGUGGACUGGCUGUACCCUGCCCUCCAUGGUAGACUCUGUGCGCAGGGCAGGAAAUGACCCGGAGCUCACCUUGUGCCCUGCCUCGGCACCCCUGCUGCAGCGUUCCAGUGCAAUCCUCAACAUCAGCCACCACAGGUAA